CCGCGUCACAAUCCGUGAAUCGUGCGACGUUCUUCGACGUAUCUGCUCGCGUUUGUUCGCUGCCGACGAUGUCACGUAGCGCGGCGUAAUUCUUGCCCGAGUUUCUUUACUGGAUUCUCUUCUUGGCACAUAAAACGCCGAGGUGAGCGUCUUGCAGAUUAGGUUCGUCUCUUUGCUGAGCGAGAAUGGAAUCAAUGGAUGCGCGUCUAGUAGCGCAAGCGUUGAACUACCAUGGUCAGCAGUUGCAGAAAGUAUGGGAAGGAGAACGCAACGAAAAUGAGCUAGUCAUGCUCAAUCUCAAGGAUCCUAGCUUUGAAAUCUAUCAACAACGGCAAAAAACUCUGAGCUUUGGAGAUAGAGGCAAACGUCUAAAGCUUCAACAGUUUCUCACUAAAAAAGCUGAUGACCUGUACGAUAAAGCAAACUUGGAGAAAUCUUCAGACAGUAACAAGCCAGAGUUGGCAGAUGAAGAAUUUUAUGCUACAGUGCCUGCACUUGAUACUUUUGUCACUAUGGAGAAGUCUCAACGUAUCCGUAAUUUUUUGGAGAGUUUAGUAAUUGGGGAUGUGAUAUUCGCACAAGUAAUGGGUAAAAGCGCCGCAGGUCUUCUUCUGAAGGUGCUUUGUAACUGCAGUGACUGUCCUAGAGUUGUUACUGAAUUAGGAGUUAAGGCACUAAUACUAAAUACGGCCACUGUGCCGGCGGUGGACAAGAAAGGUGUUACAAGAGGCUACAUGGCAAAUGAUCUCGUCUGCGUCGUAGUCAGUGAAGUUAACGUUGAAGCCGAACGAGUUGUUGCAGUUAUGAACGUACCUGCCCGGGAAGGGCAAGCACCACACCCAUCUAUGGGGCUUAUCCAUUCCGAUGAUCUUCCAGAAGCCUACAAGAAAGCGAUCGACAACAAAGGUCAGACUUAUGAAACGCUGUUGGAGAAUAGUACUGGCUUCAACAAUCCAAACAACAUAAAAUAUCUGUGCGACUUAAUCGGUCUCGGACAAGGAAAUCAUUCCAAUAUGGUUGGAUUAAGAGAGAGAUUUCCACCAAAUGAAUACGCUACUGAAUUGCGACAAGCACAAGCAAGCAAGUGGGCAUUCCGAAGUGUCGCUGAGGGAAUAGAUCAUUUCAAGGCCGGUCGUCAUUCCGAAGCUUUCCAGUGUCUCAAUAAAGCACUUACUGUCGAUCCUCGCAACGUUGAGGGUUUGGUCGCUCGAGGAGCAUUAUAUGCAAACAGUGGAAGUUUCAAGAAAGCGAUCGACGACUUUGAGACAGCCUUAAAAUUAAAUCAGACACAUGCGAAUGCUCGUAAAUAUAUGGCGGAAACACUGGUUGCUCUAGGACGCAGUUAUGAAGAUGAGAAGAAAUACGAAGAUGCUCAAAAAGCAUAUGAAAAUUGUUUGGCGAUUGCGCCAUAUCAUGAGGAAGCCCGAAAUUCCAUUGAAUACAUCAAAUCUAAGACUCUCACGUCGUCACUGAACCCUCUGGAUACUUUUAAGAACUUUGACACCGAGAAUGACGUUGCAGAAAAUAAAAAAGAAAAAAAGAAACGCAAAAAGGAAAGAAAAUCUAGAUCAAAGAAAAGACAAAGAUGGAGUUCCUCCUCAAGUUCUUCAUCCACCGGAUCUUCGACCUCUUCGAGUUCAGACUCGAGCAGCUCAUCAUCAUCAGGAAGCUCACGAUCGGCUUCUCGAUCACCAAAUCGUAAACGCAAACAUAAGAAAGAUCAUCGCAGUUCGCUUUCGCCACUUAGUAAGCGAAUGGCUCAGUAUAACAAUCCUCCUGCUGCAGCUGCCACUACUCACGAUACUAUCGCACCGGCCUCUUACACCACAAAUGCGCGUGAGAAAAUGGAUGACUACGAAAUUAAAGUACGCAAGUUUCUUGAGCAAACCAAGGACGAUUCUGAUUAUGAAGAUAAGGUAAGAAAAUUCUUAGAAGAGACAGCAAGAUGGAAGAGAGAAAGAGAAAAGGAAAAGAAACAUUCUGAAAGCGAAAAAAUGAAGAAGAAAAAGAAGAAAGAAAAGAAGGGGAAAGAUAAGGAAAAGGAGGACAAGAAGAGUCGUAAGAAGAAGAAGAAGGAAGAACGAAAAAAGCGUAAAAACAAGGACAAACUUGAACGAGAUUUAGAAGCAUUGAGAAAAUCAUCUUUGCCGGAUUUGGAACAGUUAGAAUCCAAGCUUAGUGCUUAUUAUGCGAAAGUUGAGAAAGACUGUGCGGCGCUUAAAAGGUAUGUAGCACAGUAUAAUGACAUAACUUCCCCUCUUAGCAACGCGGAGAAGCUCGCUGAAAGUUCACGCAAGGAGGAGGAGCUGCGUAGAGAGAGGGAAAGAGACGAAGCUUCGAAGGCAUAUCACGAGCGAGAAUCCAGGGUACCAAUGACUGCGCAACAGAGAAAAGAAAUCCAGAGGAAGCCACUAACAGACAUAUUUGAACAAGAAUCCCAAUUGAUUCAUCCCGAACCGAAACUUCCUACCCUAGACACUGCUGCAUUAAAUGCUAAAUGGAAGGCUGCACAAGCUGCUAGACAAAAGGACGUUUCUUCACAAAAAUGGCAAGAUGUCCAACCAGAUAACAAGAAAGUACAAUCUAAUGUCUUUGUGGAUAGCGACGAGGAUGAUGAUAAUGAAUUGGAAGAAAGAAUACAACGUGCGGCUCUUGAGAAAUCUUUGAAUAUACGAAAGCAAAUGCAACGCGAACUUGCUGAGAAAAGAGCACCGCCACCGCAACCUACACCGACACCACCACCACCGCUACCGAAAGAGCCUCCAAUGCCAAAGCAAGCGCCGGUCAAAUAUCCUACACCGCAACCGCAGAACAAAUUCCAAUCGUACAAGGAUUCUACUAUAUCUGUGUCACAAACUACACCGACCAAGUUUGCCUCUACCAACAAUUUGGGCGGCAAAUUCCAACCGAUCGGUCAAAAUAGCGGAACUGGACAUCCACCGGAACCACCGCGUCCUCCGCCAACGGCAAAGGCUCAAGCCAAAGGUCCAAGAACCGAUUCCGACAGUGAGACUGAACGUCAGCACCGACAAACUCCGAAGAAACGCGAAUCGAGCAGCAGAGGCGGCAUGAGUAAACGAAUGAGCAGGGAUCGUCCAGGAAAACGUUCGCGUAGUCGAUCUCGCAGUGCCUCUAGUUCCGGAUCGUCUAGAUCACGAUCACCAAGACGCAGUCGCUCACGUUCAUAUUCGAAUCGACGAUCUGGCAGUUAUGAGAGGAAGUACAGCAGAUCUCCUUCGGGUACAUACAGUAGAUCGCGAUCACGAUCAAGAUCUAGGUCAUACACCAGAAGUCGUAGCCGCAGUAGGUCGGGUGAUCGGGGUUACUAUCGCAAGAGGCAAUUCCGACCAUACAACAACCGCGGCACGUACUACAAGCCACGUUUUCAAGGUUUCAACAAUCCGAAUCAUCGUGGUGGUGGCAACAAUUUCCAGAAUCGAAAUCGCUUCUACAACAAUCAACAUAAUAAUCGUUUCGGUAAUCGUCGUGGUUUUAACAAUCGCGGUGGUCGAGGCGGUCGCGGUAAUCGUGGUGGUAGAUUCUUUCAUAAUAAACAAGGCUUCCGUGAUUUUCGCGACAGACGGGACUUCAGGGACCGUCGUGCUUCGUCGCGUGAUCGAUAUAGCGAUCGCAGUUAUUCACCGGAUCCAAUGAGGAAGGUUGACGAAGCAAAGGAGAAGAUCAACAAGAUGCUCGAAGGAGGCGACGACAUUGAACAUCAACAGAGUGGUAGCGGUGGCACAACCGUGCCACCUAACAAGAGACAAGCUGGGCCCUUGAGCGAAGGAGAAGAGAGGGACGAUGACGACUAUGAGAGGUGGGGAGAGGGAGAGGGGGGCGAUGCAGCUAGUACCAAGACUGACGGAGUCAAACCUGUCGAUGAUAACCUGGAAGGCAAGGAGUACUUCAUUGAGCGCAUGAAACAGCGAAGCAAGAACGUUUUAAUGCAGAGAGCCAUUGCUGCUAAGAUUUGGUAGUUAGGAUCUGUUACCGCCACCAUCGCUGCUUCUCUGUGAUAUAGUCGCUUUCGUUCCAUCGCCCGUACUCUGGCUAAUCGACCGAUUGACCGAUGAGGCACGUCGAGACACUUGUAGUUUUGUAGUGCCAAUCUCUUCUAUUAUUCACAUA